AUUAUCCUUAUUAUAUGCAAUGCUUAGUAACAUGAAAAUUUACCUUUCCUCAAAAAAAAAAAAAAAAAAAAAAAAAAAUCCUUCCCUCCAGUUUACCCUCUCUCUCUAUCUGUUUUUGCUUCCGCAUCUGAUUGAGUUGCAAGCUUGAACUUCAUCGCAAGUUUAUCAAUGAAUCAGAGGCGAAGGUUCAUCGCACGUAAUUUUCUGUUUCAUUCGGACAUUAAUCCCAGUUUCGGCUCUCUGGAACCAUUUUCUCGCCAGCCAAACUGAAAAACUUUAUUACAUUUCUCAACGGUUUUGAUCCAAAGAUUUUAACAUUUUCGAUGUGUGGAAUCCGCAAGAGUUCGAGCUCGCUGACGAUAGAAAAGACUCUUUGUACGAUCGUGACGCCAUUGAUAAACUUUCUCGAAGCUUUGAUUCUCACGUUCGCCGGUUGCUUCGGUCACCACCGUCCCCGAGAUUGCUUCUCUUACAAGUUUGACGACGUCGUUCGUCUCGCCAACGAUUCUCCUUUUAGUGUGAACGAUGUUGAGGCCUUGCGUGAAUUGUUCAAGAAAUUGAGCAGUUCGAUUAUAGACGAUGGCCUAAUUCAUAAGGAAGAGCUCAAAUUGGCACUAUUGAAAACGGUGGUGGGUGAAAAUCUUUUUCUGGAUAGGGUAUUUGAUCUUUUUGAUGAAAAGAAAAAUGGGGUUAUUGAAUUUGAGGAGUUUGUCCAUGCGCUCAGCAUAUUUCAUCCAUGUGCUCCUCUAGCGGACAAGAUUGAUUUUGCAUUUAGGUUGUAUGAUUUGAGGCAAACUGGAUUUAUCGAACGGGAAGAAGUCAAGCAAAUGGUAGUUGCCAUUUUAUUGGAAUCUGGCGUGCAGGUGUCAGAGCAAACUCUUGAAACCAUCGUUGACAAGACAUUUGCAGAUGCUGAUGCUGAUAAUGAUGGUAAAAUUGACAAGGAUGACUGGCAAACUUUUGUUCUCCGCGAUCCAAAACUCCUUAAGAACAUGACAAUUCCCUAUUUAAAGGAUAUCACCACAUUGUUUCCAAGCUUCAUCUUCAAUACUGAAGUCGAAGACUGAAAAAUCAUUUUGUUGAAGUGGAAUUCAGAAAAAUCGUCUUCAGCUCUGCACAACGAGCGUAUAAUUUACAAAUGAAGCCUUAUGCUUUCUUGCUUCUGCUAUAGAUCAGUAUUGGCAGUCGGAUCAAUCUUUGAAUUUAAUAAGGGCGUAUAUAAAUUUUUCUUUUUUCAGAAAUAAUUAAUAAGAAAAACAAAAAAUGAUUAAUUUUAAAUUGACAUUCCAAAGUAAUAGUUCUCUCAC